AUGACACGUAAUCGGGUCGGGUCGUAUGACUUGAACUUGAAGGCCAUAAAUAAAUGAUGUCGAAAAUGAAAUCAACCAAAAUCAUCCCAGAAAUAGACCUCUGCAAAUACGAGCCGGCUGAGCUCCCUGCAGCUUUGUUGGGCACUGAGACAGAGGCUCAUGACAUGGAGUGGUUCUUCUUCACCAGAAAGGCUUACAAGUACAACAAAAGCUCUCGCUCGAAUCGGAGAACGAAGAAGGGAUACUGGAAAAUCACAGGGAACGAGCGUGGGAUUACAGCUCGACGAUCCAAAUCUGUUAUCGGGAAGAAGAGGACAUUGACUUUUUACCAGGGGCGUGCGCCGAAAUCGAAGAAGACCAGCUGGGUUAUUCAUGGGCACUAUCUUCCUGGAGAUGGAGUUGCUUCGUAUCCGAAGCAGGCCCAGGGUGACUUUGUUAUCUGUCUCUUGAAGAUUAGAUCAGAUAAGAAGGAUUCUCCGGUCAGUAACGAAGGAGAAGCCAGAAGCACGAGUGUGUCCGAAAUGAAUCAAGAGGGAAAUGAGAAGUUGCUAUUCCAUCAACCUCAGCCUCUGGAUGACUGCUGCUCCUCAGCACUGCAGUCACCGGUGUCCCAAGAGCUGGAAGCUGUUCUGCAAACCAAUGUCACUAAUGAUGAUUGUAAUGAGUUGCAAUCACCAUUUGGAGAUAGUUAUUCUUAUCUAUUAGAUGGGAAUGAAGUUUCAACCUGUGAUGAAGAUGAGACUGUGUAUGAUGUGUUUCCAAAGCUACGUGAUCUGCCAGAACAAAAUCUGGAUUCACUCUUUGGUCCACAUUAGCCAUAAGAGUACUGUCCCUCCAUACUGCAGUCACCAAUAUACACAAAGCUGCGGGAUGUUCCACAUCCACUUCAGCCACAAGAGUACCGCCUCUCCAUACUGCAGUCACCAAUAUACACAAAGUUGCGAGAUGUUCCGCAUCCACUUCAGCCACAAGAGUACCACCCCUCCAUACUGCAGUCACCAAUAUACACAAAGCUGCUUCAGCCACAAGAGUAUCGCCCCUCCAUACUGCAGUCACCAAUAUACACAAAGCUGCAAGAUGUUCCCCAUCCACUUCAGCCACAAGAGUACCGCCCCUCCAUACUGCAGUCACCAAUAUACACAAAGCUGCGAGAUGUUCCGCAUCCACUUCAGCCACAAGAUUACUAGCCCACAAAGUUGCAAUCUCCAAUAUACACAAAGUUGGGAAAUGUUCCACCUCAUUCUUGUCAUACAUGCAUGAUGGGAGAAUGGGUUUUAAAAUUUUUUUGAAAGUUUUAGGGUUUACAUAAGAGCACAGGCGAUAAGAGUUUAGCACACCAAGCUUUCUAUCUUUUGCCACCGACUCUCCACCACAACCAUGAUCAUUUCAGAGAAGAACCACCUCGAGAUCUCCAAUACCUCUUCCAAGAGGGAGUGUGCUAUGCGAAGAAGGACUACAACAUGCUGAAGCAUCCAGAGAUCAAUGUGCAGAAUCUGCAUGUGAUUAAGCUGAUGCAGAGCUUCAAGUCCAAGGAGUAUGUGAGGGAGACCUUCACC